AAAAAAAAAAAAAAAAAAUAAAUAAAUAAAUAAAAAUAAACAUUAGAAAAAAGUAUCUAUAAAUGAUACGAUAUAUAUUAUGAUCGUAUAAACGAUCGAUUCUAAAUCUAAUUCCGAGUAAAUGAAAAGAUUUCUAUUCAUAAUUAUAUAAAUAUAAACAUAUAUAUAAAAUAUAAAAGAAAAUAAUUAUCCUCAUGAGAGAGAAAAAUUUGAAGAAACAAAGAAAAAACGGUAGGAAAAAUAAUAAGAUGAAAAAAUUGGAGACGAUUACGAAUAAAUCACCGCCAUCGAUCUUCGGUAUAAGAGAAGAAAUAGCUGACGAUUAUAAAGAGCAAUAUCUCUUUCUGUUAGAAUUUUUUAUUCAUCGAAUAACCGGCGAGAGAUUGGCGAAAUUGAAUCAAAUGUUUUUCGUACCUACCAGCGUUGGUUUAGAAUUUUUACAUUUCACCGAAGAUGAUAAAAUCGAGAUAACGCCUGUUGAUUUUUUAUUCGUCCCACAAGCUGGUAUAGCGGACGACGUUGAAUAUUUUUAUUCUGGUAAAUCAAUUAUGUUUGCGAUGGAUCUUGAUACGACAAGAGACAAGUUAUUGGAAUUAAAUGUUAAAAUGACGAUAAGAAAAAGAAUGCCGGAGGGUAUUAAACCAGAUAUUUUAAUCGGCAUUGGAGAAUUCGAAUUGACCAAACAAUUUGCUGCUUUAAGAAAAGAAUUGUUACAAUGCUGGCAUAGAAAAGUACCACCACCUAAAACAUUUGAGGAUUCUGUACCUUUGAUAAUGAAUGAGAAACAAGUAGGGAAAAUUUUUCUCAAUGUAAGAAUGUCCGCAUUUGGUGAAACAAUUAUUACAGAAUUUGAGACACCAGAAUGUAUAAAUAAUGAAUCUGAUUAUAUAUUUAAAGGUGAAGAACUGAAUGAAAAAUCUUUGGCUUAUAAAUGUAAAGUUGUAGAUAUUGAAAAUGUCUGUGAGGAAUCAAUCAUUGAUAUUCCAUGUCGUGCAUGUGUAUUGGAGGAACAUGCUUGUUUACCUUGUGGUCGUUCAACUGGUGCCAGAGUAAAAGAUGAAUUAAAUGAUCCUAAAAGUUCAUGUUCCUUGGAAGCUUUUAAACCAGCUUCUUAUCCACCUAGUAUAUUACAAGAUACACCAAAAAAAGAUCUUUGUACUGAUAUAAGUAAACCGAGUGGACCAAUUCAAACAAGUCGUGGUCCUGCUCAAGCUUGUGGCAAAGCCGUUGUUCUCAAAGUUUCUGGUCUUUUGGAUGGUGAAGUUAAAAAGCAACCAACGGUAACGGUCUCACCAGAAAGCGAUGCAACUGGGCCAGACUGUCCGACUGAUCCUGAACAUGACGUUUUUAUUUUGAGAAUUGGUAAGAAAGGACUUGUCGGUGCCGGUGAGAAAUCAGAUUUGCAAUUGGAAAUGAGAACACCUAAAGGUCCUGAAAGAAGACCACCGAUCAGACAUGAGACACGCCAAAUACAAGCUGAUAUCGAGGAGAAAAAAAAGAAAGGGAAGAAGAAAAAGAAAAAGAAAAAAUAAGAAAAUUCUUAUAGUUGAAUAAUUCUAUUGUUUAUAUGAUUAUCCUAUGCAAUAUAAUAUAAUUAUAAAUUUUAUCCAAAA